CUCCUGGGUCUCUGAUUCACUCUACAAAUGAUCACUGAGUACCUAUCACAUACCAAGCACUAUGCUAGAGUUGAGGAUACAUGAGUGACCAAAACAGAGACAGUUCCUGCCUUUAUAGAGUUUACAAGCUAGACAAGUAAAUAGGUUAUUUACUUGUGUACAGUGUGUACAAAAAGCGAAGAUGGGGAACAGAGCAGAGGAAUACCUAAGCCAGACAAGAGCAGGACUAGACACCUGAAGGCUUCCUGGAGAAAGUGAUUUCUAAAUUGAGACUUGAAGGAUAAAUAGGAGUUGGCCAGAGAUAUAAAGGAUAUUCCUGGUCAAUGGAAGAAAACGAUGGGGGUUCUGAGACAGAAUUUGACAUGAGAGGAACUGAAAGUUCUACAUGAUGAGAGAAAAGUGAGUACAGGAAAAUUAAUGAAACUGGUGAGAUGAGAAAGUAUCUGAUCACGGCAAGGCCUUGUGAAUCAUGUUAGGGUGUUCAGAGAGCAAGUGAGAAGUCACAAGAAGGAUUUAAGCACUCUAUAGCCCUACACAAAACACAUUUGCUUUGGAGGCAGUAUAACCUAAGGGAGAGGGGAAAAUGGGCUUCGAAAACAGACUUGGACUGGAAACAGCCUUGUCACUGACUCAUUGAGUGUCUUUGAGCAAAUUACUUCAUAAUCUCUCUUGAAAAAAAGAUAUCUACCUCACAGGAUCAAGACUAAACGAGAUAAUGCAUGUAAGGAGUCUGGCACAUCCAAAGAGUUCAGUAAAUGAUAGCUCCUAUUACUAUACAUGUUUCCUCUUCCUAAAAACACUGUGAGCUCUUUAAAGGCAAGAGGCAAACCUCUUAGAACAAGUACGGUAGGAAGAACAGUGCCUUGGAUCCUAAGCCAAGAAAUCCAGGUUUGAAUACAGGCACCUCGCCUUGCUAUGCACACGCAUUAGCAUGUAAUCUUUUAAAGUGUCCUUCUAAGGUAGUAUUUAACUCGCAGAGUUACUGUACGGAUUAAUAUGCUAAUAAGUGAUAUGUGCUUAGACUACAACAGGACUCAAAUAAAUGCUGCCUUUUCUUUCCCCACCACGACCCGGCUUCAGUCUUUACUGGAUUAAAAAGAGAAAGACUUUUGCUUAGGGAAGGCUCGAUGGUCGGCAGCUCGUUCGCGGAGGCCAGCGUGGACUAGGAAGGCAUGGAAAGAAUGGAAAAGCAGAGAAAUCCAGGCGGCAAAGUUACUUAAAGUCCUCUCCCCACUACAGAGCGUACGCAUGCGCGCGCGCAGCCGCCGGGCACAUCCCGAUUGCGCCCGCUAUGCUUCACCGCGCUAGGACUUGGAACACAGUGCUCACCCAACAGGCCAACUAGAGGACCCAAGCGCGCCCUCCUGCACAACGGCGUCAAUUUUGCAGGCAAUUGGAACUCUUCCGACCCUCCCGUCAGGAACAAGCCUACUGUGAGAUGCACGCGCCUGCAAAGGGGUAGGGAGGGGAAGAGGACCCCCCCCCCGCCACAUUUCAUUGGUGGCCUCUUGGUGUAGAUCCCGCCCUUCGUUCUGCACGCGUCGCCUUCGGGGGCACCCACUUCCGGGGUAGAGCGGAAGAGGCGGGCUGGUGGAGGCGGGGUCAAGAUGGCGGCGCCUUUGAGGAUUCAGAGCGACUGGGCUCAAGCCCUCAGGAAGGAUGAAGGGGAGGCCUGGCUGAGCUGUCACCCCCCAGGGAAACCAACUUUGUACGGCAGCCUGACUUGUCAAGGAAUUGGCCUUGAUGGCAUCCCAGAGGUUAUAGCUUCGGAAGGAUUUGUUGUGAAUGAAAUAAACAAGAAGAGCAUUCAUAUUUCAUGUCCAAAGGAAAAUGCAUCUUCGAAGUUUUUGGCACCAUAUACUACUUUUUCAAGGAUUCAUGCAAAGAGUAUAACAUGCCUGGACAUUUCCAGCGGAGGAGGCCUUGGGGUGUCUUCUAGUACCGAUGGGAGCAUGAAAAUCUGGCAGGCUUCCAAUGGAGAGCUCAGGAGAGUAUUGGAAGGACAUGUGUUUGAUGUGAAUUGUUGCAGGUUUUUCCCAUCAGGCCUUGUGGUUCUGAGUGGGGGAAUGGACGCCCAGCUGAAGAUCUGGUCAGCUGAAGAUGCUAGCUGCGUAGUGACCUUUAAAGGUCACAAAGGAGGUAUCCUAGAUACAGCUAUUGUUGAGCGGGGCAAGAAUGUGGUAUCUGGUUCUCGAGAUGGGACAGCUCGACUUUGGGAUUGCGGCCGCUCAGCCUGCCUGGGAGUCAUUGCAGACUGUGGUUGUUCCAUCAAUGGAGUGGCUGUGGGUGCUGCUGACAACUCUAUAAACCUCGGCUCCCCUGAGCAGACACCCAGCGAACGGGAGGUUGGAACAGAGUCGAAAAUGCUGCUGUUGGCCCGCGAAGAUAAGAAACUUCAGUGUGUGGGACUGCAGAGCAGGCAGCCGGUGUUCCUCUUUAUUGGCUCAGAUGCCUUCAACUGCUGUACUUUUCUCUCUGGCUUCUUGCUCUUGGCUGGGACACAGGAUGGAAACAUUUAUCAGCUGGAUGUGAGGAAUCCAAGGGCUCCGGUACAAGUCAUCCACAGAUCAGGAGCGCCAGUCCUGUCCCUGCUGAGUUUCAGAGACGGAUUCAUUGCUAGCCAAGGUGAUGGAAGCUCUUUCAUUGUCCAGCAAGACUUAGACUAUGUCAUUGAGCUCACUGGGGCUGACUGUGACCCUGUGUACAAGGUGGCCACAUGGGAGAAGCAGAUCUACACAUGCUGUCGAGAUGGUCUCGUGCGACGCUAUCAGCUCUCUGACCUCUGACCCCUGGGAAGAGGAGUCCCAGUUAUGACAAAGAGUGACCAUGAUCACCAGUGAACAGAAACCCCAUCGUCAUGGACCAUGGAAAGACCAUGAGUGCCCUUUAUUGAGUGGGCACUGUUGGCAAGUCAUAGAAAGUUGGCUGCAGUGGCCCAUGUGAAACUAUCAUUCCAUGGCAGGGCCUACCUUGAACAGAGUAGGAAGCUCACAUGUGCGCCCCGCAUCUGUGCCACCUUCUUCCUGUAUCAGCUCAGCCAGCAGCGUAGGACGAGGAUGUGGAUGCUUGCAGUUAGAUCUCACCCUGACUCUGUAAAAUGUUUACAAGGACCCGAGGCCUAAAGCCUGUUCUGUGGAGGAAAUAAAUAUCUUUGGAGGAGUCUGAAUUUGA